GGGCUUCACCUGUUCCUGGAGGUCUGCAUGGACUGUCGACCUCAGAACCUCAAGGUGUUCCGGGCUCUUGAGAAGUCCACGCCUAGCAAGACCAGCCUCAUCAAGCGCUACGUGCACCAGAACUUCUCGCCCCACUACCGGGCCACCAUCGGGGUGGAUUUCGCCCUCAAGGUGCUCAGCUGGGACGCCGAGACGGUGGUGCGGCUCCAGCUGUGGGACAUCGCGGGUCAGGAAAGAUUUGGGAACAUGACCCGAGUCUAUUACCGAGAAGCCAUGGGAGCGUUCAUUGUUUUCGAUGUGACAAGGCCGGCGACAUUUGAAGCAGUAACCAAAUGGAAGGAGGAUCUGGAUGCGAAGCUGACACUUCCUAGUGGGCAACCGGUGCCUACAAUUCUCUUGGCAAACAAAUGUGACCAAACCAAUGAGGUUCUGGUGAACAACGGCAUCAAGAUGGAGCAGUUCUGCCAGGAGAAUGGCUUUGUGGGGUGGUUCGAAACGUCGGCCAAGGAAAACAUCAACAUUGACGAAGCCUCCAGGUGUUUAGUGAGGCACAUCAUUGCCAGCGAGAGUGACCCGGUGCAGCCGGUUGAAGCCGAUGUCGUUAAGCCACACUUGAAUUCCUCCAAGCCCACCAGCUGUUCGGGUUGCUUCAGAUCCUAAGCAGUCUUUAAGCGGUUUCUGCGCCGUACGACCGGCCAAACAAUGACUCGGAGGGAAAAAUACCUUCAGGCCCUGGAAUCAAUGCAUUUUGCUGCUCCUGAACUCCAGAAGCAUGAAUGGGAUGUAUUUUCCAAACAUGUAACUUCAAAGAAGAAAAUCCAAAGUUUUUUUUUAUUAUUAUUGCUAUUGCUGUUGUUCAUGGCUGUCAUUCUUCUGUGGGUAUUUUUCAGAGUCAUCCAGCAAUAUUUGACAUUCAGUGUGUGGGAUUAUUUCAGUUAAAUCGAUUGUUCCCAGCCUUGGGUCACCAGACAUUCUUGAACUAAAACUCCCAAAAACUUUCAUCACUAGCUGUGCUGACCAGGAUUUCUGGGAGAUGUAGUUUGAAAACAUCUGGGGACCCAAGGAGGGGAAGCACUGAGUUAAAUCCUUGUAGUUCAGCCAAGGUAUUAUUUUUGCUUUUCUUUCCCUAAAGAAAGGCUGUGAUAACCAUUAUUUU